GGUUUUCCUAGUCGGCGGCUUGCACAGCUGUUAUUUCAUUAUUACGUCAAAACAAAAAGUGUGUGGUGUCGAAAUAUAUAAAUGUGUUAAAUGAAAAGCGAGAUAAACAUUUAAAGCAAAGCUUAAAGGAAAGCUGUAUGAAAAGCCUUUAGGAGAGCAGGGUAAACGUGAAAACAUGAUGUUGAUGGUCGCGCAACAGGCGUCUUGACAGACAUUGGGCGGCGCAGGAACUUAAGUGAAGACAUUCAGCCAAGGUUGAAUACAGUGCAUCCCAAACUGCUUGAUAGACAUGCAGUUUUCAUCUGCCGCCGAAUCUUAAAUCCCACCAACGUCAAGUUCAAAAUCACUGCGCUCGGGCGUUCUCUUCGGCUGACAUUCGUAUUUCAACACACGAGCACAGAAACUCACCACGCUCAAAGCGACGACCGCGCGCAGGCGUAGCAAGCUACGUGCGCAGACAGCGGUAAAACGCGGAACACUUCGCUGAAGCUGCUGCAGUUGGACGCAAGCAACGCGCUUUGUCCGUCUUCUCAACAAUCUCGUCCCGUCGAAGUUCGCCAAUCCGCGUGUGUGCAUGUCUGUCAGCAUAUCUCUGCAUCCACCUGAGUAACUGUAGCCAUAGCCGUAGCCGUAGCUGUAGCUGUGUCGUCUUUUAGCGAAUCGAAACCCAUGCCUAGAAUAAUGCUGUUCAACGUCUAACAAUUUUGUUCACGUUUCAUCAAGUUUUGCAGUUUUGCAGUGCAAUUGCAACAGCAAGGGCUUGAGUUCACGCUUAACGCUAGGCACUUGUUUUCAGCCGACGAAUAGAAAACCCAAAUCAACCGAAAUCUAAAUCAAAACAAACCAAAACAAAAUAAAACGAUAUAAACAAAAUGGCCUGCUUAAGUACUUCCGGUCGAGUCGCGUGCGGUUCGCGUAGCCACAAGUUGAUCUGUCGCCUAUUCCUGAACCACAGUCCGCAUAGUCGGCAGAGCAGCAGCCAGCUGCUGACGGGCGACACCACGGCAGGACACCCAAGGGAAUACAGAGCGACGCCCAAUCAGCAGCUGGCUCGCAGCUUUCAUGGAUUAACUCUCGGCAUUAACCAGGAUUACCUCAAUCUGCUGCAAACCUCACACAGCUGCAGCCAGCCGCCAAAUCUUCGCUCACACAGCUCCGUGCACACACAGCAGCCGGCUGGACCCGUGAGAGAAAUACAAAUUGAUCCAUAUAUAAUACUCGAUGAUGAGCUCAAGUAUUUCUACGAUGAUGUACGAGAUUUACUGCAGUCGGGCACGUCACAGCCGGAGCUGGACACCAUCGCAUGCUACUAUUUCGACGGGCAGGGGAAGGCGCUGCGUCCCAUGGUGACCAUGUUGAUGGCCAAGGCACUGAAUUAUCAUCUGAACAACGAGUCACACCAAUUAGUACACAAGCAACGACAGAUAGCCCUCUUCUCCGAGAUGGUGCACUCGGCCAGCUUAGUCCAUGACGAUGUCAUCGAUCAGUCGGACUUUCGGCGCGGCAAGCCCAGCGUCAAUGCUCUGUGGAAUCACAAGAAGGUCACAAUGGCUGGUGAUUACAUUUUGUCGAUUGCCUCGAUUAUGAUAUCGCGCCUGCGCAGCGACGAUGUGACGAUCGUCUUGAGUCAGAUUUUAACCGAUUUGGUUCAAGGAGAGUUCAUGCAGCUGGGCUCGAGGGAAACGGAGAACGAGCGCUUCGCGCACUAUCUGACCAAGACAUACAGGAAGACCGCAUCGCUGAUUGCCAAUGCGUUGAAGGCGACCGCUGUUAUCGCCCAGGCCGAUGAUAAUGUGGCGGAGGUGGCAUUUCAAUACGGACGGAAUAUCGGGCUGGCCUUCCAGCUGGUGGACGACAUGCUGGACUUCGUCUCCUCCACAGAGCAGAUGGGCAAGCCGACGGCAGCUGACCUGAAACUGGGCCUGGCCACGGCGCCGGUUCUCUUUGCAUGCGAAAAGUAUCCCGAGCUCAAUCCGAUGGUGAUGCGUCGCUUCAGCGAACCGGGCGAUGUGGAGCGGGCCUUCGAGUUGGUUCACAAAUCGCAUGGACUCGAGCAGACGCGCUUCCUGGCCAAGAAGCACUGCAACGAAGCGAUACGGCUGGCCCAGGAGCUGACGGAGUCGCCCUACCAGAAGGGCCUCCAGGUCGUCGCCGACUUAGUCAUCAAUCGCAUGAAGUAGAGUCCACCAGACAUCUAUACAAAUUAAUAUAUAUAUAUAUAUGUAUACAUAGUCCUAAGUUAGAAGCAGGCAGGCAGCACCUAAUGCUAGAUAAGUCAGCGAAUGGGAGCGACAACUAAACAUUUGUAAAAAGAAACUAGAAAAUCUACAAAAAAAGAAAAGAAAAACAAAAAAAUUUAUUAUUUAGUUUUUAAGCAUUGUUAUUGACACUGUAAAUAAUUGCAUCAAAUGUACACAGAAGAAUGUAACAAAUUUACAGACCGACAGCGAUUAACUCUAUUACUAACUUUACACAUACAUAUAUACACACAUCUAUAUGUAUAUGAACACAUUGAAAGGAGUUUUUAAUAAGCAGAAAAUGCAAAUCUUUUGAAUUUUUUAUAUAUUUGUUAAGGAAAACACAAGUAACAAAAGGGAAAAAAACAAAAACAAAAAACAAAAGAAAGUUCAAUUGAAAUUCGGAAUUGCAUAUUGAGGGAAAUUUCAAUUCGCACAAUUCUUGUUAUUCUCUUGAAUUAAUGAAAAUGUUGAUUAGUCAAUGCAAGCAACGAUAUUUAUGUAGAGAACAGUGCCUAAUGAAUUACCCUUCAAUUUAUAUAUAUACUUAUAUAUUACCUGUUGAUUUGUUUCGUCGGACAUUUCAUGCCUAAAUGGUUCAAUCGGCACUGCAAACCCUUUCAGACAGCACAAACCUUUUGUAAUUUAUAUAUACCUUCGAUCCUUUAUAUUUUCUUGUAUCUUCUUUAAUAAUUUAAUUUGAGUUGAGCUUUGAACCGUUCGAGCAUGAAAUGCACAGCAUUCUUAUAUAAUCGCCCAUAGUUGUUAAGGUCAAUCAGGAAGAUAUGAAAUAUUAUUUAAACAAUGCUGCCCCAGUCUUAAUUUAAAUAUGUUUUUAUUUUGUGCCCACAAUGUGAACAACAAAUCACAAAAACAGAAAGCAAUCUUUGUCAAACUGAUUGAGUUGUAAUUGUAAAUUUAUUUUAAGAACUUUUGUAAUUUAUGAACUAAUUUGAGUCCCCGUUUCGGUUUUCGAAGUAGUCUCGUUAAGCCAAAGGCACCUUUACAGCCGUGUUAAGCGAAUCCCAUUUCACUAGCGAUAGCCUCCAUUUGCAUAGUUGAUAAAACAGUUUGGUGCUCGGGUAAUUGGUCAGAAUAAAUGUGCAAAUAUUGUUGACUAUGUUUUGAUAAUGAUAAUUAUAUUAUACUACGGAAUUUGUAUAUUUCAAUAGUUGAAUAAAUGCAAUUUUGUUAAGCAAACGAACCGAUAGUCAAUCAAAGAAUAAAUCAAAUUAAUAAAAACAACAACAAAA